AUGGAUGAGAAAAGUCAGCAUGCCGAGAGGAAAAAGGGCGGUAUCAUCACUAUGCCAUUCAUCUUUGCAAAUGAAAUAUGUGAAAAGUUGGCUGUGGUUGGUUUUGGUACAAAUAUGCUCAGCUACUUAACAACUCAACUACAUCUGCCACUCACUAAAGCAGCCAAUACCAUCACCAAUUUUGGUGGCACUGCAGCGUUGACGCCGCUAAUCGGCGCGUUUGUCGCCGAUGCAUUCGCCGGAAGGUUUUGGACCAUAACAGUUGCUUCUAUCAUAUAUCAAAUAGGGAUGAUCAGCUUGACAGUAUCAGCAAUUCUGCCCAAAUUAAGGCCUCCUCCUUGUACACAGGAUCAUAAAGUUUGUACAGAAGCCAGUUCCGGCCAACUCGCCAUCCUCUAUAUCUCCCUGCUGCUAACAGCUAUAGGGGCAGGCGGAAUUCGACCCUGUGUGGUGGCGUUUGGGGCCGAUCAAUUCGAUGAAGCCGAUCCUAAGCAGAAAACCACAACAUGGAAAUACUUUAAUUGGUAUUAUUUCUGCAUGGGGGCAUCAAUACUAGUGGCAGUGACAGUAAUUGUUUAUAUUCAAGAUAAUAUUGGAUGGGGGUGGGGCCUUGGUAUCCCAGCAAUUGCCAUGGCUCUAUCAAUUAUUGCAUUCAUAUUUGGCUAUCCUUUGUAUAGAAAUCUUGAUCCUGCUGGUAGUCCAUUUACAAGGCUGAUACAAGUUUGUGUCGCGGCGUAUGAAAAAAGAAAGUUGCCAAUGGUUUCUGAUCCUAAAUUAUUGUAUGAAAAUGAAGAUCUUGAUGCUGCUAUUUCUCUUGGUGGGAAGCUCAUCCACACCAAGAAUAUGAAGUUUUUGGACAAGGCAGCUAUCGUGACAGAGGAAGACAAUGUCAAAGCCCCUAAUCCAUGGAAGCUUAACACAGUCCAUCGGGUUGAAGAACUAAAAUCGCUUAUAAGAAUGGGGCCAAUAUGGGCAUCUGGAAUUCUCCUCAUCACAGCCUAUGCCCAACAAAGCACUUUCUCACUCCAACAAGCCAAAACCUUAAACAGGCACCUCACCAAAUCCUUCCAAAUUCCUGCUGCAUCCAUGAGUGUCUUCACCCAAACCUCUAUGCUGUCGACUAUCAUCUUCUAUGACCGCAUAUUCGUACCUAUAAUACGUAAACUCACAGGCGUAGAACGUGGUAUCUCCUUCCUCACACGGAUGGCAAUCGGGUUUUUCAUUUCAUUACUAGCCACUUUGGUUGCUGGUUUUGUUGAAUUAAAACGCAAAGAUGCGGCAAUGGCACAUGGACUAAUCGACCAGCCUCACGCCAUAAUUCCAAUGACAGUAUUGUGGCUAAUGCCACAAUAUUGCCUUCAUGGAAUAGCAGAAGCCUUCAUGUCCAUUGGACACCUCGAGUUUUUCUACGAUCAGGCGCCGGAAAGUAUGAGGAGUACUGCCACUGCAUUGUUCUGGUUAUCCAUUUCUGCUGGGAGUUACACAAGUACAUUUUUGGUUACUCUUGUGCAUAAGUUCAGUGCAGGCCCUGGUGGAUCAAACUGGCUUCCGAAUUCAAAUUUGAACAAGGGAAAAUUAGAGAACUUCUACUGGUUAAUCACUUUACUGCAAUUUGUCAACUUGAUUUAUUACCUGUUUUGUGCCAAAUUCUAUACGUUUAAGCCAGUUCAGGUAUGUAAGAGAGAAGAUGAAAAGGUCAAAGAAGAUGCAGUUGAGCUAACAAGCCAUGUUUAA